CACGCGAGAAUGCGACCCGAUGAUUCCUCCGUUCUUGCGGCGACCCCGAGGCAGUGUGGACAAAGAGACCGCACGCGUUGACACGAAUUGCAGCAAACAAUUGGGUUUCGCCGUCGGUGGCACAAGGCGCGCACCUGCAGCCACUAUGGGCAUGGACUGUAAACGGCGAAAAAAAUGCGGCGUCAGUUCAACAACUACAACGGUGACUGCCUGAACGAUGACUCUGGAGAACCUGAUGACACGCCGGAGCCACCUCCAAGCGGCUUCAAACGACUGUGUCAUGGAGCUCGUAACCAGUGUUGUUCGGUGCAGCGCUGGAAGAACCGGAUUCCCAUCACCAAGUGGCUGCCACACUACUCCCUGCUGGACCUGCACGGCGACUUUGUGGCUGGCAUGACGGUUGCCCUGACGGUCAUCCCACAGGGACUGGCCUUGGCUGUUCUUGCCGGGCUGCCUCCACAGUACGGCCUAUACACAGCAUUCAUGGGCAGCUUCAUGUACACCAUAUUUGGGAGCUGCAAGGACCUUACCAUUGGUCCAACAGCCAUCAUGUCCAUCAUGACCGGGGAGUAUACGCACGUUGGUGGACCAACAUUUGCUGUCAUCCUCACAUUCCUCUCGGGCAUCAUCCAGAUUGUCAUGGGCUUGCUCAACCUAGGUUUCAUAGUGGAAUUCAUAUCUGGUCCUGUAAUCAGUGGAUUCACGUCAGCAGCUGCCAUCACCAUUGCAAGUACGCAGCUCAAGUCUCUAUUCGGAAUGAAAUUUGAGGCUGAAGAGUUCCUUGACACAAUGUAUCAGUUCUUCACGCAUCUUCACACCAUGAGGCUGGCGGAUUCCUUGCUGGGUGUCUCGUGUGUUAUUCUGCUGCUCCUCAUCAGGCAUUUCAAGGACAUGAAGUUCAGCCCAGAUUCCAGGCUCCCACCUCGGGUCCAAAAGAUUCUCGAGGGCAUCUGGUGGACUUUUGCGACAGCACGCAAUGCCAUUGCUGUCCUGGUUUGUGCCGUAGCAGCAGCCAUUCUGCUGAACAACAACAUGCAGCCGUUUGCUCUGACGGACGAAGUCAAAGGCGGCAUGCCUCCUUUCCAGCUGCCAAACUUCACUGCUGACAUCUUUGACACAAGCAACAACAAGACAGUCCACAUGAACUUCGUCGACAUCAUGAGGACACUUGGUGCAGGAAUUCCCAUCAUAGCACUCCUGUCAAUUCUUGAAUCUGUGGCCAUUGCAAAGGCAUUCGCUAAGGGCAAGAGUCUCGACUCAACCCAGGAGAUGCUUGCCAUUGGUAUUUGUAAUCUGAUGGGGUCCUUUGUGAGUGCAUACCCCGGAACAGGCAGCUUUUCCAGAACGGCCAUUAACAACAACAGUGGUGUUCGUACCCCUAUGGGCGGAGUCUUCACAGGUGCCAUUGUGAUCAUGGCACUCGUGUUCAUGGCACCCUACUUCAAGUACAUUCCCAAGGCCUCCCUGUCAGCCAUCAUCAUCACAGCGGUCAUCUUCAUGGUCCACUACCAGGAUGUGCCUGCCAUGUGGCGAACAAACCGUGUCGACCUGCUUCCCUUUGCAGCCACAUUCAUUGUGUCAUUUGUCCUCGGCUUGGAGUAUGGCAUCAUUGUUGGCGUUGUCAUCUCUCUCGUUCUGCUGAUGUACGAGCAUGCCAGGCCACGGGUGAAGAUCACCACGAAGCAGACGAUGUCGGGCAUUCCGUACGUCCUUGUGUCCCCCGACCGGACUGUGCUGUACCCUUCCUCGAUGUACACCACUGACAAGAUCACCAAGGCUCUUCCCGACACCAGGGACGCUUCCCCACGAUUUGUUGUCUACGAUGGCGUCCACAUCAACGUCGUCGACUACACUACCUGCAUCGCUUUCAAGAGUCUCAGUGACAACUUUGCCAAGCAGCAGGCCACAUUGAUCUACAUUAACCUCAAGCCAUCUGUGGCCGACGCCCUGCAAGGUGCAGAGCCUGUAAACUUUUACAGUUGCAAAUCUGAUAAGGAGCUUGAUUCUCUUAUCUCCGCCGCUUGUGCUCACACCAAUCUGGCUGUCUUGUUGACGUGCAAGCUUGGAGAUGAGGAUACCUAUAGUUCUGAUGCUGACAGCGGUAAUAAUGAACAGCCCGUUUCUGUGAUGGCUCACCUUGCCGUGAAGGUGUGAUGCUCGGGGCUGGUCACACCUACGUGAAAAGAUUGGAACACGACAAGAUUACUGCAUGUCACAGUGGAAGGGUGCAUCCUCAACGCUGAGCAAUGGCUCCACGUCUGCACCUGCGGCCGCGUGGGGUGACACACCUGAUAACUCGACACCCACCGAUGCCGAGUCCUGAGAGUGGUUGCCGUCUGACACUCAGAAUAUCUGUCCCCGUUAUGGUGAAGGUUUCCAUGCUGGGAUAAUGAGCUGACAUGUCUGCUGCUUUUGGGAGGGAAAGCAACUCAUCUUGUGUUGACCAAUUGUUCGCAUGUGUGGUCUGGUCUUCUUACAGUAUGACUAUACUUUAGGGGACCUGGACGCAAUAUUUCGUUUAUUGGAGGUUGUUCGACAGUUUCUAUGCUCUUAAUCCCUAGAAGCAGAGCUCGUUAACCUUACCUGGGCAUUGACCUUAAUAAAUUAAUAUUUGCGUAAAGGCUGUUGUGCAGCUAAACGAUAUUUCUCAUGCGCGAGUGAACACAAUGGUACAGACAGUUGUACAAAUAGUUGAGGAUAAGCAAAGAAUAAGAAUGAUUUUAUUGGCAAGAAAGAUGUGAAAGUUGAGGGCAGGUUCCCCAGAAUAGACUUAAGAAUCCCUUGAUUGCCUUGUCACAACCAAGUGAUACUUGAAGGAGGUAUACACCCAUUUUUCUUGUUAUGCUGACAACUGGCGGAUACAUGGUUAAGCUGAUUGUGGACCUAUUCCUUUGUAUCUCUUUUCACACCAGUUGUGCCUUUCUUCUGGCCGCCAUGUUACUUGAUAAAAGUUGAACAGCCAGACAGGUUGUUAAGACAAAGCUUUGAGGAAACUUGAGUGCUGAAACUAAAGAUACAACAAAAUAUGGUUCUGUAUUGUUCUUUUUUUAUGUGUCUGCCUUUCCUUCAUUCUUUUUUUUUUUGGUGCCCUAUUCAAACAUGCGCAAGCAUUAUCUUCAUCUGUGCCAGAGCCUAAGGGACAACCUAGUCAGCAGAUGCUGUUGAUUGCUUGCCCGUGCAGUACACAUUUUUUAAGGCUUCGUGCCGUGAUUCCAUUGUGCUACAUUGUAAAUAUGUAUAUAUAUUUCUUCCAUUUGUUUCACUGGCACUAUCUCACCAAAUCUGUGCAGUGUAUUUGAAGCCUCAGGGCCUGUUCAUCAAGCAGGGAUCUGAACCAGAAGAGUCACGUUGGUGCAGCAUAAUUUUAUGAUACUGCAUGGAACAUGACUAACAAACAAGCAAACGGCACAGAUGCUGUUGUGAGUUUAAGAUGUACACGCAUGCACAUGGGCCUUCAUGUGUGUAGUUCAUCCCCAGUCAGUUUUAUUGCCAUAUUGGGAGGUGAAACACACAGAAUCACAGAUAAGUUAGUUGAGUACAACGUGUAAAUCAUCUUUUUUACUCUGAGACUAGGUGGUGCUUCUGUUUUCCUGAUUGGGCCACUAACUUCUACUGCAUUGCAUGGAAUUGGUGGGAGAGUUUGCAACAUCAUGAUGACGGAACACAGUGGGUACAUUUGUGAAGGUGGCUAAAGCCAUAGUGACGGCUUGGGCUGAUUCAUACAUUAUUAUGAGGGGAACAGCGUGCAAAGACAAAAUACAAAGGAGGGGGACAAACAGCAGCACUGACUGAUGAAUUAGUUCAUUAUUAAGAAAGGAGCAUGAAUGUAUACACAGGAAACAGCUGUAUAUCACUACGUACGACCAAAAGAGCAUGAGACAACUUCAAAAUAGCUGCAAUUAGAUUUCACCAGUAUUAUUGUGGUGGUUAAGAUAUGUUGAUUCUGCAUCCUUCAACACCACAGAUGGAGAGCUAAUGCAAGAUACACUGUUCCUUGUGAUAGCAGUGGCUUCAAAGAUUUGACGUGCGCAGGCAUCAUUGUAGCGCUUGCGCACUGUGUUCCUAAUGUCCUGCAUGCAGGACAUUAACAACUUUCAGCCUUGAGAAAGUACUAGUACCCUCUGGUGCGUUACAUCCAUAAUUUCUUUUGCUCACACUAAAGUAAGCUUGAAUUGUUUUUGUGUAACCAUUGUGAAUUUUGGUUGUUGUUCUCAGUGAUAUAGUACCACAUAAGUAAAAGCACUGUUUAUACUCUAUAGCCACAUUCGUAUAAGUUCUUUGAUUGUUAUUACAGUUGAAGAGAUGAAGUGCAAUGGGGUUGCUUGUGGAUUUUUAUGCUUUGUUAAUUUAACCUGGUGCAGCUUCACUAUUGCUCAAAGCAAGUCUUCUUGCUGUACUUUUAAUUUUUAGUAAUUUGAUCAGUAGUAAUAUAGUUUUUCACUUAAAUAUACUUGCUUUGUUAUGGUCAUUCCGUGAGGCAUCUUCGUCUUCUCCUAUGAUGUUUUUGUGCUUUCAUGAAGUGCUGCUAUUGCUCAUAAUAAGCCAUUGUGUGCUAUGUACAACAGACUAUAGUGCAGCACUCCACAAGCUGGGUGGAAUGGUUUAUGGUCGGCACUGGUGGUCAUCCCUAAGUUGUGUUGACAGCUGUGCUGUUUUUCAACUGCAUUUCUUACUGGUGCUACUGUUAGUUAGUAAACAACACUUUGUUAUUCAUGCUGUGCAUGAAAGAUGCCUUAAAUUUGUGAUGUGCAGUCUACUUACAAUGAGGAUGGGAACACAAGAAAGAACAGCGUAACAAUGACUGGGAUCAUGAGUUGAUGCAUUUUUCUACAGCCAGGGUUUCUUGUGGCUUGUAUGAGGGUGUUUGUAAUGCAUGACUGUUGCACAUGCGCUCAGUCUGUGUGUGAAGAUUGUGUAAGUGUAGUUUUGAUGAGCUGCAGAUUUAGCGCAGCUGUGAUCGAUGUGGGAGGAGACUGACCUGAAUUAUUUCAAUCGGAUCUCGCCCUUUUCGCAGGCUUUUCAUUGGCAACGUUAACGGUGACCCUUUCUUCCAAGAAAACCACGUAACUGUCAUUCUUGCCGGCUCUCAUCUUGAAAUGCCUACUGCACAGACGUUUGUGCAGAAUUUUUUGAACAGUGGUAAUGCUUAUGACAAUCAGUGUUGUGUGCUCUAUGAGUGCACCUGCUAGUCUGUUGUUGUUAUUUUUGAAGCAAUAAAACCUAUAUUUAUGCACAA